GAGGGUUUCCAAAGUGUAGAUUGGAUUUCACCCCGGGAAAUCUAGCUCGCCCGCCGAGUGAACUUGAAUCUUGGUAGCUAUUUAAGGAGGACCUGGGUUUGGUUUUUUUUUUUUUUUUUUCCUUGGUGGCGAAAGUUGCGGUGAUCCCAGCGCAGAGAAAGAGAGAGAGAGAAAAAGAGAGAGAACCCCGUCCUGAUUUGUGAUUUGCCUGUCCACGCGGGGCUCAGAUUGACUGUAAAAUGAAUCGAUGAAAUUCUGUGGCUUCUGGAAGAUUUGUCUUGGGCAUCUCCGGGAAAAGUGCGCGUUAAGGCGAAGUCAUGAUGUAUUCUCCCAUCUGUCUAACUCAGGAUGAAUUUCACCCAUUCAUCGAGGCACUACUUCCACAUGUCCGUGCAAUCGCCUAUACUUGGUUCAACCUGCAGGCUCGGAAACGCAAGUACUUUAAAAAGCAUGAGAAGCGAAUGUCAAAGGAUGAAGAAAGAGCAGUCAAAGAUGAGCUUCUCAGCGAAAAGCCCGAAAUCAAACAAAAGUGGGCAUCCAGGCUCCUGGCCAAACUGCGCAAAGAUAUACGCCAGGAGUACCGAGAGGACUUUGUGCUCACCGUGACUGGCAAGAAGCAUCCAUGCUGUGUUUUAUCCAAUCCCGACCAGAAGGGUAAGAUUAGGAGAAUCGACUGCCUGCGACAGGCAGACAAAGUCUGGCGUCUGGAUCUAGUCAUGGUGAUCCUCUUCAAAGGCAUCCCCUUGGAAAGUACCGAUGGAGAGCGGCUCAUGAAAUCCCCACAUUGCACAAACCCAGCACUUUGUGUCCAGCCACAUCAUAUCACAGUAUCAGUUAAGGAGCUUGAUUUGUUUUUGGCAUACUACGUGCAGGAGCAAGAUUCUGGACAAUCAGGAAGUCCAAGCCACAAUGAUCCUGCCAAGAAUCCUCCAGGAUACCUUGAGGACAGUUUUGUAAAAUCGGGAGUCUUCAAUGUAUCAGAACUUGUGAGGGUAUCCAGAACGCCCAUAACCCAGGGAACUGGAGUCAAUUUCCCAAUUGGAGAAAUUCCAAGUCAGCCGUACUAUCAUGACAUGAACUCGGGGGUCAAUCUGCAGAGGUCAUUGUCUUCUCCACCAAGCAGCAAAAGACCCAAAACUAUAUCCAUAGAUGAAAAUAUGGAACCAAGUCCCACAGGAGACUUUUAUCCUUCUCCGAAUUCACCAGCUGCUGGAAGUCGAACAUGGCAUGAAAGAGAUCAAGAUAUGUCUUCUCCAACUACUAUGAAGAAGCCUGAAAAGCCAUUGUUCAGCUCUACAUCUCCACAGGAUUCUUCCCCAAGAUUGAGCACUUUCCCCCAGCACCACCACCCCGGAAUACCUGGAGUUGCGCACAGUGUCAUCUCAACUCGAACUCCGCCUCCCCCCUCACCUUUGCCAUUUCCAACACAAGCUAUUCUUCCUCCAGCCCCGUCAAGCUACUUUUCUCAUCCAACAAUCAGAUAUCCUCCCCACCUGAAUCCUCAGGAUACUCUGAAGAACUAUGUACCUUCUUAUGAUCCAUCCAGUCCACAAACCAGCCAGCCUAACAGCAGUGGUCAAGUAGUAGGGAAAGUGCCUGGCCAUUUCACUCCAGUCUUGGCACCCUCUCCCCAUCCCAGUGCAGUGCGACCAGUGACCCUGACCAUGACAGAUACUAAACCCAUCACUACAUCCACUGAAGGUGAGGCAGCUUCACCUACAGCAACCACCUACACAGCCUCAGGCACAUCUCAAGCCAAUCGAUAUGUGGGACUAAGCCCAAGAGACCCAUCCUUCCUACAUCAGCAACAGCUGAGGAUUUGUGACUGGACCAUGAAUCAAAACGGCAGGCAUUUAUACCCCAGUACCAGUGAGGAUACAUUGGGAAUUACUUGGCAAAGUCCUGGUACCUGGGCUAGCUUGGUUCCUUUCCAAGUUUCAAAUAGGACACCCAUCCUACCGGCAAAUGUCCAAAAUUACAGUUUGAAUAUAAUUGGAGAACCUUUCCUUCAAGCAGAAACAAGCAACUGAGGGAAAAUGAAAUGCAACUAUAGUUUAAGAAAAAAAAAUAAAGCAAAAGAGGAAGACUGGACAAAACAAAACAAAAAGGAAGAAAGGAAAGAAAAUGAAGAAAGAAGAUAAUAGACCAGCAAUUGCAGCACUUACAAUCACUAAUUCCCUUAAGGUUGAAACUGUAAUGACAUAAAAAGGGUCGAUGAUAUUUCACUGAUGGUAGAUCGCAGCCCCUGCAAAGUAGCCUUUGUUACAAGAAGUCCGCUGGGAAAUAGAUGUUCUGUCUCUAUGACAAUAUAUUUUAACUGACUUUCUAGAUGCCUUAAUAUUUGCAUGAUAAGCUAGUUUUAUUGGUUUAGUAUUCUUGUUGUUUACGCAUGGAAUCACUAUUCCUGGUUAUCUCACCAACGAAGGCUAGGAGGCAGCAUCAGAGGUGCUGGGGGACAGAGCCAUGAGCCAGCCAUUUUAUAAGCACUCUGAUUUCUAAAAGUUAAAAAUACAUAUAUAAAAUCUCUCUGUAGCCUUUAGUUAUCAGUACAGAUUUAUAAAUUUUGGCCCUUAACUCAGCCUUUUCCAGUGUGUAAACCAGUUUGAAAUCUUAAAAAAGAAAAAAAAAAGAAAAAAAAAGAAAAAAAAUGAAAAGAAAAAAAAAAGAAAAAAAAUAAAAAAAGAAAAAAAAAAACAGUUUGAACACAAAGGCUCUAUGGAAGAAAUGCCUCUAUGUAGGUGAAGUGUUAUCUCUGCAUGCAACAGUAAAAAUUAAUAUAAUAUUUUCCCCACAAAAGAAACACUUAACAGAGGCAAGUGCAAUUUAUAAAUUUAUAUCUAAAGGGGAAUCAUGAUUAUAAGUCCUUCAGCCCUUGGACUCUAAAUUGAGGGGAUUAAAAAGAAUUUAAAA